UGAAAAUAUGUUUGACUGUCUUCUAGAAUAUUUUCCAUUGCUUCUCUUCCACAAUAUAUGGAUGUUGUUUUACAGAGGAAGGCAGCUGAGCUGGUUGGAAGUGAUGCUCCAACAGAUACAACAAAUCCGGAGGAGGAUCACCUCUCUCAACUGCUAGGACCUGACAACCCUGGAAGGCUGAGAGCAAUGGGUAGAGGCAUGAGCAAAACCAAACUAGCUUGUUUCCAGGUGAAGACCAAGUGUAUGACUGAUAUGCAAGAGAAGCAAAUUCAGUUAGUAAAAAAGGUGCAUGAGUUGGAGGAUGAAAUUAGCAGAAUGAAGAAUCAGAGACAUGAAGCUGAAAUUGGUGAAAACUCAGCUGCAAGAAGUGUAAACAAAAGAGCACACCCUAAGUGUGUGUUGGUUGACUGGUCGGGUUCUGAUGAUAACAUUGGUGAGGGCCGUAUUCUUUCUUCUGAUCCUGAUGACAUAGUGAAUGACUGUCGUCUAGGCCCGACAGAUCUCAAAGUCUUGGUUGAAACUGCUACUAAACCUGAUGCAUUCCUGUGGAGACCUGCAACAAAAAUGUUUACUAUUGAGGAAGCUGUUGGACAAAUUAUUGCAUGGCCAGCCUCUAAGUGUGUUCUUGUAGACAAAGAGCUUAAUAUAGAAGACAUUGCGCCAACGGUAAGUUUUGGUCAGCCUGCUAAUGAGUUGAUAUUUUUAUGAGCUUUAGUAGACUAAUUAUCCUUUUUCUGAAUGUGUUUGACAGGGCCUAAGAACAAAUUCUUUGAACAAAUGUAAACUGUUGGAUUUGUCUACAGAUGAAGUGAUUGUUGUUGAGGGUCGUUGGCAGACACAAGAACCAACUGCAUUAGUUAAUGGUCUUCCUCUAGGACCAAAGGCUGUCAAAGUUUUUGUUGAUUCAGUGCAGAUACCUGAAACAUUUAUAUGGAGGCCUACAAUUGAAAUGACAUACCUUGAGGACUGCUUGAUGGCUUUUGUAUCAUGGCCUGUGAAUAAAGUUGUUUUUGAAAAUCCUACAACUACAACUGGUCAGAAAUCUCCUCUUCAGAAAUCAGCAUCAACUGAUAGGCCAUCAAGCUCUAAAUCUUCAGAUGAGACAAAGUCUGCAGCCACAGAGGUAAAAGCAGCAUCAACAGUGUCUAAGUCUCCAGCAACAGGUUCAGAAUCUCCUAUUGAGGAUGCAGGUGUUCAAAGCUCUCCUAUAAAGAAAAAUCUACCAAAUCCACAAUCUCCUCUCCGGAAAUCUCAGGUAUAAGUUUUGUAAAUGUUAUGAAUUAAGUUUCUUAUGUCAAGUCUUCUGA